AGCUGUUACUGUUGAAGAAUCUCUUGACUUGGACUCAGUUCACUCCCUGACAUUGAUGAUGAAGUAGUGACUGCCUGCUGCAGAAGGCUUUCACCUGCUAAAUGCCUCCCAGCAUGUCUGCUGAAAAUCCUGAGCCAUCAGGAACACCACCUCCCCACCCUUCCACAACUUUCCACCACGACACACAGACCUUCUCCUCGAUGGAAGAAGGUACUAAGGGAGAUGAGCAGAGUUUAACGGAAGGACUUUUACUUCCUGAAGAGGAUGAGACUCCGGAGAAAGACCAGUACCUGGAGAGGGAGGCAAAUUACCUGAAAGGAAACGAGUAUCAGUUUGAACAGGAUUAUCUGAAGGGCCAUAAGAAUCUGCAGAAGAAAGAACUCCUGGAAGGGAAAAUAUUUCUGUAUGAGAAGUUUCUGGAAGCAAACUUAAAGGCUCAUUCUUCACAAACCCUGCCUGGUCUUAAAGCAAGCAGCAGGCCUCUUCUCGAGGACACGAUGCCAUCUACAUCGUUUGUCAAGCACGAGGGAGAGUUUCCGACCUCCCAGGACCAGAGUACACAGACAGACUGGAUUUAUGAAAGCAAGACAGUAGUUUCAAUAUCAAGAUCUCCAGGAGAGGAAGAAUCAACAACGACUCUAGCCACCUUCAAGUCUGAGUCACAAGCCUUUGUUCCCACUGAAGAACCACAAAUGGCAGGAAAGGCCACGGAGUUUGAUUACAAAGAGAGCUUUUGGGACCGUGUAUUAAAAGACCCCAUUGGCACGCUGGAAGAUGAUGAGGUCUCCGAAGACGAACAGGUUUCGACCACCUCCUAUCAGUCGGUGUUCAGGACUGUGCUCAAAGAAAUGGCUGUUCGCAACGAACUGGAGGAGGAUAUUACCAUUCCCCUGACUGGUCAUCUGGAGGGUGAAACCAGAAGGAAGCUGGGAAUUCUGUUGAAGAAAAAUUUUGAAAACUACAAGAAGACGAUCCUCUGGAUUAUGAGGAAACGGGAAACCUUACAUGCCCAAAGGACUACAGAGAGCACUCUCACGUUUCACUUAUGUAAUAUGCCACUACAAGACGAGGAGGAGGAGAUGGAGCCAGAGAAACAUCGUCGUGUUGCUCGCCGUACGAAGAAGUUACAACUAGAUAUGGACUGGAUCAACAGCAAGAUUAAGGUACUUCAAGGUGAUGGAAAGAUAAUUCUCUACCCCGAUGAGAUUAUCUUCCAAAUUCUCUUUGCUGAUGGAUCAGGCCAGAUAUACUACCCAUCAGGACACCUGGCUAUGCUCAUCCUCAGUAUAAAAGAGAGCAAGUUCACGUACAUCAUUCUGGAAGACAGUGCAAAAACGUGCAUCCGGGCCCUUAUCAACAACUCUGGCCAUGCCACCUUCCAUGAUGAAAAUGGAGACAUCUGGUUGAGCCUGAGCCAAAACCUGGGCUACUACUUCGCCAAAGACGAGUACCAGAAGGCCUGGAACUGGUGGGAUCUCAGCCUGCACGUGCAUGCGCCCCCCAUCCAGCCCAUCUCCUUGAAAAUCAACCGGUACGUCGAGGUACAAAUCAAGAGCCAGGACAAGAUCAUCUUCCACUUCACCCACCGCGAGAAGCGCGUUUGCUUAAACCUGGGCACCAAGUUCAAGUACAUUACCCUGGAGGUGCUGAGCGAAAUGAAAAAGAAACCGAUCCUGGAGAUGGAAGUCAGUCCCACGGCUCAGAAGAUCCAUGUCCUUCUAGGGAAAAUGAGUGGGAUCCUGAGGCUACUGACCAUCCCCGACUUGGAAAGCUUCAUACGUUGCGUCAAGAUCUUGCCAACAAGCCGACACAGGUCUGAGCAGGAGGUCGCCCCCACCAAGCUCAAGCCAUCACCCGCUUGUCCCAGAGGGGCUUUGGCAGGUGCUGAAUGUCUGAGGGAGGUGGAGUUGUCAGAAGCCCCAAGGAAACCCCCAAGGAAACCCCCAAAGCCCUAGGCUAUAUCCCAUGACAGCUGGUUUGUAAUUUGGUACCUAUCACAGCUCCUUGGUUUGGUGGGGCAGAGUUCUGGGGGGUGGGGGGCAGAGACGGGGCUGACAGCAUCUGUGGCUGGGCACAGAAAAUACUUAAGCAUGUGCCCUGAGGGUAUCAGAAGCAAAUUGUUUCAGAGAAUACAUGUCAACACCUGUCCUGCUUGCUUCUACUGGUUAUUUGAAUGCAGAAGUUCUUUCUAGUCCUUGGGUUGACUCAGGACACAGACUAUCUCAAAGCCUAGCUCCACCCAUUGACCGUGUGACCUUGGGCAUGUAGUUUCCUGCCUCAGUUUCCUCACCUGUAAAAUGGGUCGAGAAACAGUAGCCUCACAAACACCCCUCUUCCGCCCCUGCCAAGGCAGAGGGACACUCACUCAGUAAAGCAGCACCAGCCUACAGCCAGUCCCCCAACUGGGGCCAACCAGAAGCCCAAAAGGACCCACAAUCAAAGCCUCUUCAAUCUCUGGGCCCCUUUUGGUCCCCGGUAACAGUCACCAACUUGAGUAGGUAAAGCAGAAUGGGAAACGUGUGAUCUGGGUGGAAGGUGCAGUGGGCCUCUGGUCCAGAAAGGACUGGUGUGGGGGAGGCCUCCGGAGCCAGGACUGUCAUUGUCAGCUCACCGACACUCAUCUUAUUCCAAAGACGCAUUUUCUAGUCAUCUCAGUUCGUGUGGCUUUGUCUCCUGAUCUUUCUCAAAGACUCCAGUGGUCUCCGAUUGGCCUGGCUUGAUUAGGUCACUCUUGCUUCAAGCCGGUGUGGUGGGGGGGCGGGGUUACGUCUUGUAACCAUAGCUCCUAGUUGAUGGGAGCAUGGGGAGGGGUAGUUCCUAGACAAGGGGGGUUCAGGAGCUGGGUGGUCCUGGACAGCAUACAUUUUCUAUGUCCCUGAGACAGUGCAGACUUUCCAGAAUGACCCCAACUGCAGCCUGAACCACAAGAGUGUGGGAAACCCCUUCUUCCUGGCUCAGCCUAGCAACUAGCCAAUCCCUGCUGUGAACAGACACGCAAACCCUACUUUCGCAGCUGGGCUCUCCUGCUGCCAAAUCCUCACCAAAGUCCCAUCCUCACUCCAAACCCCGACAACCGUGCACCUGGGAUGGGUCCAGGGUGGUCGGCUGGUAGCAGCGGGCCCUAUGGGUCAC